GACUACACUAUCUUCACACAGGUGCCAAGCGAACCAUCUUUCAUCGUGACAUAACACCUUAUAAAAUUCUUUUGGAUAGCAACAUGGCGGCCAAACUCUCAGACUUGCGAGUUUCCUUAAAAGGACCACAUUAUGCAUCAAAGCCAACACCAAAGACAAUAUCAAAAGAUGGCUUUAUAGGUACAUAUGGUUAUGGGGCUCCCGAGAUUUCAGAAAACAAUGCAUUAACAGAUAAAUGCGAUGUUUACUCCUUUGGCGUAGUUCUACUAGAAGUGGUAUGCAAAGACAAGCUAAAAGUUGUUGAGAAGAGGCAGAAGCAGCCUGUUGAGGAGAAUAUUGAUCCGAGUCUGAAAGGAAAGAUUGCAGCAGAGUGUUGGGAGGUAUUUAUGGAUAUCACAGAAAGAUGCUUGAAGUUUGAUCCAAAUGAGCGACCAGCAAUGGGUGAAGUUGAAGUUCAGCUUGAGCUUGCACUGUCACUGCAGGAAGAAGCAGAUGUCAUAAAUACUUGUGGUGAAUAUACCCUAUUAUCUAUGACCAUUAUUAAUUAGUCUUCAACCAAAAUAGGAACCAUAUUUAACUGAAAACAAAACUGAUGAAUGAUGGAACUAUCAAGGUUGUGUCAAUGAUAACAGUGCAACUGGUUAUUCAACUACAGUAGAGCAGAUGAAGGGGAAAAGAAUUUGAAGUUUAUAUUUGAUGGAGAGGCAGGAGAGGUUCUGUACUGGCGUUGGAUAACAAUGUGAUGCUUGAACUCUCAUAUUUUUUGGCUUUUCCUUAGGGGUACCGUUUCUAUAGGAAAUUUUUUAAUGUUGUUUGUAUAUGUAGGAAUUUAGAAAAAUUAGAAAGCUAAAACUCAUGUAUUUUUAUUCAUACUUACAACUUUUAAAUACACAAAACAAAAUUGCAAGCUGAUACAAA